GGUGUCACGUAUCACUCGUCGUUUAAGGACGAAGGGACAGAAGUCCAAUUCGCACGAAGAAGUUUUUGCCAUGAAGACGAUCCUUAUCUUCGUAACAGUAAUAGUGGGAGCUUUUGCAGCACCCCAAGUUAAUCCAAAUGAAAUCACGAUAAUAAAGCAGGAAGAACAAAACAACAUUGGAGUAGGUGGAUAUCACUUUAGUUAUGAACAAAGCGAUGGUCAAAAAAGAGAGGAAACUGCAGAAUUAAAAAAUGAGGGUACUGAUGAUGAAUCCCUCGAUGUUACUGGUAGCUUCUCCUUUACAUCACCUGAUGGUCAUACUUACAGGGUUGAUUACACUGCUGACAAGGAUGGAUUUCAUCCCACCAUCAAUCUUGUUUCGAAAUAAAAAAAAUGUAAGAUCUGAAAUUAUGCGCUAACCUUAUAUAGGACUUUCUGACUAUCGAUAUACACUAAUAUAAGUGUAUCGUAUAUGUUUAAAUCGUAUGGCACGCUAUUCACUUCAUUUAAUAUGCAUGAUCAUUUUCUAUAUUAUUCGUGCAAUUAAUUCCUUUUGUUCAUUUUUAUAUACUCAACUCACAUGUUUAUUUCUAUGAACGUUAAAUUUGCAAUGUGAAAAUAAUAAUGUUAAUAAAAAAAAUAUAUAAAAUAAAAUAAUCAAUCGAUAAUCAAAUGUACUAAAUAUUUAAACUAAAGAUUAAAUUUAAAAAAUAAAUUAUCAACAGAUUUAUAAUAUUUGAUUUAUGAUAUUUCCUAAUAAAAGAUUCAAUAAAAUGGAGAUAUUAUAGAAAAAUUAAAUGAAAAAUAUAUAAUUAAAAUAAAAAAAGAUAAAUGAAGAAAUAUUAAUAAAUAUUUAUUUAUACAUAAUAUAAUUGACAUUAUAGUUGUGAAAUGCGUGCCAAUGAAUAAACAAAUUAUUUCACAUAUAGUUUUAAGAAACUACUGGUAAAUAUGUUAAACGAGGCGCUAGAAGUUCCAAUCACGAUCCAUUUUUAGUGAAGCGACGACGAAGCACUCAUUUACGCAUUUUAGAAUUUGCGUAAAAAUGAAUAAUUUUUUUUAUAAUUAUAUUGUAUGUAUGUAACAAGAUAUGAAUUGAGCAAAUAAAUAUAUAUACAAAUUA